AUGUUAAAGGGUAAUAAGAAAACCAAUAAUAUAAAUUCUGUUAUUAUUUCUAAUACCCAAACAAUAACAUCAGAUAAAGAAACAAUUAAAUCAUCACUAACUGAGUAUUUCAAGACCCUUGGUAAUAAAAAUAUAAUCCCUGAGGAUAGCACAUCUGUAAACUCACUUUUAGAAAAUGAUUUUAAUUCAUGUGAUAGUGACGACCAAAAUAAUACUUUAAAUGAGCUUGACUUAACUUAUGAGGUAGUUGCUGCAGCUAUUGCACAUUGCAAAAAUAAUAAAAGCCCUGGUUUAGAUACCAUAACAAAUGAAAUGUUAAAGAACGGAGGAAAUGGCAUGAUUAGAUCACUAUAUAUUUUAUUUAAAAGGUUGAGUGAACUCAAGACAAUUCCAAACGACUGGAAUGUGGGUGUCAUAUUUCCAAUAUUUAAGAAGGGUGAUCCCAAAGACCUUAGCAACUACAGAGGCAUUACACUCAACUCUUGUGUCGCUAAGGUUACAACCGCAUUAUCUCCCAAACAGUGUCACUUAGAAGAGUUUAAUGUCUUAAGUGAAGUGCAAGGUGGUUUUAGAGAGGAUAGAAGGUGUGAAGAUCAUAUCUUCACACUUAAAAGCAUCAUUAGCACACGACAAUCAGAAGGCAAAAAAACAUUUCUUGCAUUUUCAGAUUUUUUAAAAGCAUUUGACACUGUUUGGAGAGAAGGGUUAUUCUCAGCUGUUAGUAAUAUUGGUGUUAAAGGAAAUUUACUCCAAAUUAUUAAGAAUUUAUAUGAAAAUGUACAAGUUGAUGAAAAUUGGUUUAGUACUGUAUUAGCAAAGUUAAUGGAUAUCAGCCAUGUAGGUUUUGUGAAAGCAGCUUCCAAAUAUUCCAAAAUCAGUGGCGAGGCCACUACAAGUAUACCAUCAACAAAAGUUAUCAAUCCCACCAGUGAUGAUUCUAAUAGUAACAUUUCAAAAGACAUUAUUGUUGUAAGCACCGAUAACCCACCAAUUUUUACUACAAAAAGUCAACCAGUCACAGAUGCAGAAUCUAGUGGACUACAUCAAGGUACUAACAACCUUGAGCAGCAACUUGGUAACAUGGCUCAUCAGGCUGAUUGUCCUGAAGUCACUGCAAUUUUCAGCUUUGGUUUUCUUUGCAAUAGGAAUGAAGGUGGAUUUCAGCAAUUCUGUGGGUAUAUGACUGCUGGUGUAGAUAAGGUUACAAAAUUCAUUCAGGCUAGAAAGGUUGAUGUUAUCGAGUGCUUUAAGAGCUUCUAUCGGUAA